AACACAUAAAUUAUACUCCUAACACGUAAUUACUCCUAAUACGUAAUUAAACACUUAUAAAAAGAAUACUCGUAAUUCAAACUAAUUACACACCUACCUUACCAAAUACGUGGGCAUGUGGGCCCACAUAAAUUAACUUCAUUUCUUCUUUUUUUUAAUUGUUUUUUUUUAAAAAUUUAAAUUUCACAAUUUUUGUUGUCAAUAUAAAUACUUCAUCACCCCAACCGUAUUUCCCCCUCUCAGAAAAACACCAUUGCUGCGUAGAGUUGAAGAGAGAGAAAGGGGGCAAUAGCAUUUCCGUUUUAGAGAGAGAAAGAUAAAUAUCCGCCGAAAAGGAAGAAAUUAGGGUUUCACGUUUCUCUCACUACUCUAUCUCUCUUUCUCUCUCUACGUCUGUUCCCUAAUUUACCGCGACCAGAUUGCGUAUUUGUUCGAUUUUCCGUUUCAAUUUGAUCGCAUUGUGUUUCUGAGCUAAUUUCAGAUAUUCAGCCAUGGUGUUCUGGAUUUUUGGCUAUGGUUCAUUGGUGUGGAACUUUGGUUUCCAAUAUGAUGAGAAAGUGAUUGGUUAUAUCAAGGAUUACAAACGGGUUUUUGAUCUUGCAUGCAUUGACCACCGAGGUACACCUGAACACCCAGCCAGAACUUGUACUUUGGAGUACAGCGAAGGAACACUAUGUUGGGGUGCCGCAUAUUGUGUAAGAGGAGGUCCUGAAAUAGAAGCUGCAGCGAUGCAGUAUUUGGAGCGUAGGGAGUGUGAGUACGAUCACAAGAUAACUGUUGAUUUCUACAAGGAAGGGGAGGAUCUUGAGCCUCUAGUUACUGAAGUGAUAGUUUUCAUGUCAACUCCUGAUACAGUAUCUAACAAAUACUAUUUGGGGCCAGCUCCACUGGAUAAGAUGGCCUGGCAAAUUGCAACUGCAAUUGGACCAUGUGGUAACAACAGAGAGUAUCUUUUCUUGCUUGAAAAGGCUUUGCGUGAGAUCGAUCAUGAGGAUGAUUAUGUGAUUGAGCUAGCCAACGAGGUGAGGAGGGUACUUGACGUUGUGAAGGGAGCAACAAAGGAGAAAAAGCUCGUUGCAGCACCACACGUGACUGUUAAGGAUCAUAUUCCAUCCCUUCAACUUCUUCCACGUCAAGAAACUGUAGCAAUGGACUCGUAACUACACCAAUAAAUUAAUUGUAGGAAGUUAAAGGUGCUCCUAACAACUGCAGUUUUCUGAUACCCUCUUUAGUUUCCUCUUACUCAUUGUAGGCAAAGAGUAAUACUUGUAUCCUAACAUGGAAGAGAUAUAUAUCAGCGGCUUGUCCGUUAGCUUGUUAGCCCUUUGCUUUGACCGCAAUGAGGCAAUUAUGUACUGUAAGACAUUUGACAUGGAAGUUAUGUGAACCCAGAAUUUCCGCCUA